AUGGUAUCUGGUGAUAUCGGUCACGUUUUAAGGCAUUCAAAUCCUGGGAUUAAUAUACAAUUUACAAUGCAAAAUACAAGGCUAAUAACAGAAUUCAGGAGAUGUAAACCAGUCAAAUCAUAUAAAAAAUCAUCUUUUGUUGAUAUUUAUGAAGUAUUGCAAUCUCUACGAAAUGAUGAAGUUUUUUGUGAUGUUAAACUUGUAACAGAAGAUGAUAACAAUAUAAUAUUCGCACAUAAAGUAGUAUUAGCAUCGGCUAGUCCUUACUUCCAUGCUAUGUUCACAAAAUUUGCAGAACGGAAUCUUGAUCUUGUUGUUAUAAGAGACAUAAACCCAACCGCUUUACUGCUCUUAGUAAAGUUCAUUUAUUCUGGGCAAAUUAUGAUCACUGAAGAAAACGUCCAAAUUUUGUUUUCAACUUCAAAUUUCUUGCAGUUAGAAGAAGUAUUUGAAAGUGUUAUUCGUUGGGUAAAACAUGAAUUGGAUUCAAGAAAAUGUGUUUUACCCCAAUUGAUGAAAUAUGUACGUUUACCAUUAAUAUCGAAGAAUUACAUAUUAGAUAAAGUAGUUGAGGAACCCCUUAUUAAAAAUUGUUUUAAAUGUAAAGAUUUCAUAAAUGAAGCUUUAAAUUUUCAAAUACUCAAGGCAGAAGAGUAUUGCGGUAUUCCGCAAAACAUCCGGCACAAACCUAGAUAUGGAGAUAAAGUUAUAUUAGUUGUUGGUGGAAUGAAUACUGACGCAAGUAAGAGUAUAGAAUGGUAUGACCCAAAAACGGACCAGUGGCAGUAUGGACCAGAAAUGAUUACAAGCCCUGAAGGAGCUGGUCUAGCCUUAGUGAAAGAUAAUUUAGUCUUUGCUGUAGGUGGUUUUGAUAAAGAUGAUUAUGAAUCUCUUAGGUCUGUUGCUGUGCUAGAUGUUUCUUCAGAAUCACCUUGUUGGAAACCAAUGGUUGACAUGAUAGUUAAAAGACAAUAUCCAGUAGUUGGUGUAAUAAAAGAUUAUCUAUAUGCCGUUGGCGGAUUUAAUAAUGUUGAUGGAGAUGUAUAUAGUGCAGAAAUGUUUGACUACAAUACUCAAGAAUGGCAUAUGAUAUCUGGUUUGCCUUCUAUAAGAUCUUAUUUUGGGGGUGCUGUCCUGAAUAAUCUUUUAUAUGUGGUAGGAGGAUGUGGUCAAUCAUUACAGGAUUUAGACACUGUCGAAUGUUAUGAUCCCAGUCUUGAUACAUGGAAACCAGUUGCAAAAAUGUCUGUUUGUCGCAGUGGUGUCGGAGUAGGAGUUUUAGACGGUGUACUGUAUGCUGUAGGUGGUCAUGAUGGAUUUAACCACCUUAGUAGUGUUGAAGCAUACAGACCAAGUACAGGAGUUUGGACUUCUAUAACAGAUAUGCAUUUGCCUCGAAGAUAUGCUGGAGUAGUUACUUUAGACGGUUUAUUGUAUGUCGUCGGUGGAUAUGACUACUCUUCCUUUUUGUAUUCUACAGAAUGUUACAACCCACAAACCAAUUCUUGGACCAUAGUCACAGCGUUAAUGAACGAUGAACGGAUUCAAUCAGGAGUAGUAGCCAUUAAUAGACCAAGACAUUUUACAACUUGUUAGCAAUCAUAAU